AUGCUGAAGCGCAAGGGGCCGGCGCUCGGCCGCUACGCGGUCCUGUCGGACUCCGAGCCCGACGCCCAGUUCCACGGGGAGGACCGCGUCCCGCGGCGCCCGCCGGCCCUCCUGCGCCGAGAGCGCGUGCCCGUCGGUAGCAUCGUUCUUGGGGCGCUGCUGGCGGUGACCGGCGCGGUGCUGCUCGCCGCCGCGCUCCUGCACUACCUGGGCCACUACAAGAGCCCGAAGCCCAAGGCGGAGAUCACGAUGCUCGGCCUCGGGCUCAUGUGCGCAGUUCCGGGGGCGUACGUGCUGCGCGUCGCCUGGGGCGUGCGCCGCGGCCACGACGGGUACUCGUGGUCGGACAUCCCCGGGUACGACGGCUGA